GUCAAUCAAAUUUUGUUUCUUCCUUGUACGAGUUCGAUGUAGAAAUUUCUUGUUCAGUACAGGACUUGGUUCGGGGUCCCCAAUUGCACAGAGUCAGCUUCUUUGGGAAUUACAAACUUUUAGAACAAACAUGAUGCACGCUAUAAGGAAUCUCAUUGGUGCUCCAUUUUCUCCGCCAAGGAUGCCCCCAAUAUGUGACAGAACCAAACCCGUGCAGUGGUUAGCUAAGAUGCCAUCGGAGAAGGCUAGAGACGCAUUUGUUCACAUGGUGAAAGUCGCAACCACACUCCAUGUCCCCAUUGUGGAGGACAUAGAUGGGACAAAUGAAUCAAGCAAGGAAUCUCAUAUCAAAGAGGAUGAUUAUAGCGGGUCUAGCAUAGUUGGCAAUGAUGGGGGUGCUAUUGAUGAAAAUGAUGGUGCUACUAUUCAAAGUGACAAGCCAUCUUACAAAUCAGAUUUUACACCCCAUGACUUAUAUGUACCACUAAAUAACUCAGUUGGGGUGACAAUUGCAGAGUACGCGGUUCUAGCAAGUAUCUUCAAGAUGACAAAUGCAGAUAAUAAGCGAGUGGACAAACUUAUUCUAUUUAAUGACACCAUUAAGUUGUUUGACAUUGUGGAUGUUGUCAAGACAGAGCACUUGGUUUCACCAAGAGCAAAUACAUGUGCUACGUGUCUUGUCUCAUAUUUCCAUAACUUUGCUACGCGAGCCAAGAUGGUUGAAGAUUCCAAGAGUGGACUACUCCUUUGGUUUAGCACUAUCUCUCCAGUCCAGAAGCACAAAUGGGAGCCUCCACCUUGAGGACAAGGUAGUUUUUUAAAGGG